AUGAAAUCCACAUCGGUUUCCUAUCGAACUCGAUCGAAUAGAUCGAUUUCCGAUUGUUCGAGGUCACCGACCACAUUUGUUGACUAUGCGUCGUUCUGUUUCAAGUUUUCGGCGAAUAACGAUGACAAUGACGGUGACGAUGAAGAGGGCGACGCCGAUGAAGACGACGACGAAAACGAUGACGACGAGGACGAAGAAGACGACGAAAGUGGCGGAAACAUCGACGUCCACGACGUCAACACCGAUUCUGUAGAGCUAGUCGCUCCACUCAAUCAGAAUUCGCACUAUUUGGAUGGAUUAGAAAAGUGUAAUAAUAUUGAUCGUCAAUGGACCGAUAGCAUAGAAAAUGAAGCGCUUCGGUACGGGGACGUGGAGAGCGCAGUAUGGUUGCAGAAAGCAGGAAUGAAAGAAUUCACUGCUCUCUUUAUGACACUUCCUCCUUAUCAUAUGACACAAAUCGCAGCUGCUGCAUGUGCGAAACAUGAAAAACAGUUAACAUGCGGUGCUGAAUUCGAAGGCAUUGAAGUCACACGAAAACGAAUCACAGAUUUACAAAAAAUUGGAAAUCAUAACAGAAUAAUGUUUGAGAAGGAAUGCAAAGAUGCGGAAUUCAUCACAACUGUCUAUCCCUGCAUCGGUCGUAAUGUAAGCAAUUGGAUUCGACCGUGUUCCGAGCUUAUCAAUGCCUACUCGUCAGUACAUGACAGUGUAAAUCAACAAGUUUCCUCUGCGUAUGACAAUGCCGUGAGGAAACUAAAAGCAUCAGCAGAUGGGUAUGAGUUUCAUUCUGGUGGUUCGGAUUAUAGUUUCACGUAUUCCAUAUGUUUUAACGUAGGAACUCUUCAGGCUGUCCAGCAAGGAGGAUUUAAGGACAUUUGA